AUGCUUCUCCUCCUGCUCCUGCCCCUGCUCCUGCUCCUGCCCCUGCUCCUGCUCCUGCUCCUGCUCCUGCUCUUCUCCGACUGGAAAAAGAUGUCUGUAAAAGUUAAAAUGAACACCGUAAAGGUGGGGGUAGUUCCAAAUGUCUUGUUUGUGGUCCCGAGGCGAUCUGCAGAUGGUAAUCAAAGGGGUUCAGUGCAUGGCGGUGCAGUCACUUGUUGCUGUGCUGUUAGCAUGGACAAGCCUAGUAGGAAAGGGGACGCCCUGCUGGGGGCCACUGGAAAGCGAGCCAAGUCUCCCGAGGAAGCGAAUGAUGAUGAUUCGGAGCAAGGGGACAACUCUGCUGGCUCUGAGAGCUCUCGCAAUCGAUACAAGUGCGGUCGAUGCGGCCAACCAAAGAAAGGGCACACUUGUUUCAAGCUGAAAGAAGCCAAAGGUCCUGUCAUCCUUGUCCGAGGCUUCAAUGACGGUGGGUCUGCAGACGAGCUGUGGAGCGGCGAUCCUAUGGUCAACUAUCAUAACGUCAGGCUGGACAAACGUCAGCACCUCAAGUCAAAGUUGAUCGAACGACUGUCUCGCCGUCUACAAUCUGCUGGAAUCCCGACAGGAAGCGGCUACUCCUUCGACAGCAGAUUCAUGCCCUACAUGGCCCCCUACCACCCCUGGUCAGGGCCUCCUCCCUCCAUGCCACCAUUUCCAGGAUUCAACCCUAACAUGCGCUUCGGUGGUAUGCCUGGGAUGAUGCUCCAAAGCCCCGUUGGUUUCGGUCAGGGUCCUCAUGGCGUUCCGGGAAUCUCUAUACCCAUGAAUUUCGGUCCUAACGUGUCCUCCGGGCCCAUCACGCCGCUCAUGGGCAUUGCGGGAAUGCCGUACGGAGGAGCCUCCGAGCGUCAAUGGUGCGAUCAUCCCACGGUGAGGGAGGCGAGUGACGAGCGUGUGGCCUCAGGAUCGGGAGACAAGCAGAAGAAGAGACAUAAGGCAAACAUGAAAGAAAACAAGUGA